ACUGGCUAUCAUGCCCAUUGGCAAUCAUCUUUGCAGACAACUUUCAACAACUUGAAUUCACAAUGUCUCGGAACUCUACGCUCACGGUCAAAAGAUUACUUCUCCGAACGAAUUUGAAAACAUUCCUCUCUGCCUCCCUCGCGAAUUUCAGGGCUACCAAUUUUGAGCUUAAUUUGUGGCAAAGAACUCCUCGGAUUGUAACUUACCACCGUGAAAACAGGAUCGUCCUGAAAGUACAUCUGAAUCCCUUGGACUCAAACCGAGAAGUUAUUAAGUUUUCCAAGAAAGAUGAUGAAGUCCUGGGGGUUGCUUUGCUACGCAUGGGUUACACAAGAACUUCCAGUUACCCUGACUAUAUAUAUCGAACGUGUCCUCUGGGAACGUUCUCAGAAGGAAAUGGGAAGUGCAUGGAAUGUCCUCCAGGCGGUUUCUACGUUGAUUCGCGUGGCUACGUUGCAGAAAGCUGUAAAAAAUGUCCAAACGGAUCUUAUGUCCCAUUCGACAAAAAACCUGGAAAAUCAAUUCUAGACUGCAAGGCGUGCCCAAUAGGAACGGAAAGUGACUUUGUUGCUGGAUAUCGAGCAUGUCCAUGUUUGGAAGGAUUUUACCGAACCCAUCGAUUCGCUAAAUGUCUCAGAUGCAAAGUAGGACUGAUAUGCCAAGACGACUAUGCCUCAUUGAAAUCUGGAUAUUGGUGGCGGUGGCGUAACGAUUCAUACAAACAUCGCUACCAGGAUUUCAUACAAAAUCUUUUGGCGACUUCUCCAGUACUGGACAAUUCUUCCAUACAAUACCCUUAUUCGAUGCCGACACCUUACAGGUGCCAGGUAGAGAAAUCUUGCAAAGGUGGCUUGGAUUCACCAUGUGCAAAAGGUUACGAAGGUCCAAUUUGUGCCGUUUGUAGCUCAGGAUAUCAUAAGAAACUGGAGUUCUGUGAAAAAUGUCCCUCGAAGGUUUGGAUUGUGGCACAGCUUUCAAUUGUUCUCGUCAUUCUAUCCCUACUAUUCGCAAUUUCGAUGUGGAAGAGAAAAACAAAAUUGGUAAAGGACGAAGGUCACUAUCUGAUAGACAUGUUUUUUUCCAAGCUCAAAAUACUAGUUGGCUUUUAUCAGGUCACGCAUGGCUUACUAGAUGUGUUCUCGUACAUCGAAUGGCCAGAUUCUCUGCAAGCUGUCCCCACGUACUCUGGAAUACUUCAGUUGAAUUUCUUUCAGAUCGCACCUGUUCACUGUCUAUUUUUAGGGUUGCACGUGAACGCCUUUGGAGAAUUGCUCCUGAUAUUAACUUUGAAUUUGAGUGUCAUUGGCGCCUCUGGUGUAUGUUACCUUAUAUAUAAGACGGUAAUCUUGAAGAGUCAUAACCUUGAAGAAGACGAAAAGUCCAGGAAAAUCAAUCAAACAAAACAGUUGGUUUACAGAAAUCUGUUUUUCUUCUUGUAUGUAACGUAUCUGAGUACAUUUUCCAAAACAGCCAGCGUUCUACCUUUUGCUUGCCGCAAACUCUGCCGAGAUGAAAAGGAUGAGAUGUGUGAGGAAUACGCUAAAGCAGAUUACAGCAUAAAAUGCCAAGGAUCCUUAUAUAACCAUUGGCUGAUCCUGGCAUACAUUUCGACCGCAUACGUCUUUGCCCUGCCUGCCGCUUCAGUUAUCGUACUUUGGAGGCAACGGAGAAUGUUAUUUUCUUCGACAGACAGUAAUAAAGACACUGGCACAGGGGUCGUUGGAGGUUUGAGAUUCCUCUUUGAAAACUACAAACCCACUUUCUGGUACUGGGAACUGGUUGAGAUGUCUCGCAAAGCUGUUCUAACAUCUGGUCUUAUUCUUGUGGGAGAAGAGACCAGGUCUUACAUCGGUUUGGCAUGGGUCGUUGCCGGUAUGUAUGGAGUACUUUUCUCUUGGAAUAAACCCAUAAAAGUCGCUUCGGAAAACAGGUUGAUGUCGACGUCCCUUGCUGUUACUAUUUUGAACUUGGGUAUUGGCGCCGUGAGCAGAAUCCCCGCAGAGAAUAUAUCAGAUGAGGUGGAUAAACACAAAGACGAAAUGGCGAUGAAAAUACUCAUACUGGCUGCAAAUACUUUGGUAAUUGGCCUGCUUGUCGGUCAGUACGUGAUGUUUUUAUACGAAUAUUUAAAGGAGUGGCGCAAAAACCCACAAUGCUCCUCUUCAUGCUGUCUGGCUUUGCUCCUUCCUCUGAACGACUUGCAAGGAGAGAUUCGAGGUAUGGUUGGCAAAAACUUGAUGAAAACUCAGCUUGACACAGGCAUGUUGGCGAAACCGUCCAUUGCUGCCACUGCAAAGGACAGUGGAGCUAUGAGCUUUACUCUUUGUGGUGAAGACGUCGAACCCGAAAAGGAAGACAAACGAAAAGAUGAAGCUGUCAAAGACAGCAACAGAAAACGUCAUCGCUGGACACAGACAGAAGUUGUAAUGCCACCUUUUGCUUCAACCGUGGAAUCUGGAUCAAUGAGAGGGCAGCAGCGAAUAAACAGACUUCAGCCUUUAAUGCAUGAGAUGCAUACCUCUGGAGAAAACUGUGAUGCAUCAGAAACACUGAAGACAUUCAUAAAGAAUGAAGCAGAGGGUAAUACACCAGAGAAGCAGAAGGAAGGCUUAAAGAUUGUACCUGAGGGCAAUAUACCACCAAAGCAAAAUGAAGGCAUGAAGAUUGAAGCAGAGUGGAAUGCACAAGCAAAGCAGAAGGAAGGCAUGAAGAUUUUAGUAGAGUGCAACGCACCAACAAGGCAGAAGGAACGCAUGGAAAUUGCAUCAGAGUGCAAUGCAUCGGCAAAGCAGAAGGCAUUCAUGAAGAGAGAAGUAGAGAGUACUGUAUUGGCAAAUCAAGCGGAAGACAUGAAAAUUGCACCAGAGUGCAAUGCACCAACAAAGCAGAGGAAAGGCGUGAAGAUUAUGGAAGAGGGUAAUAGAGUGGCAAAGCUGAAGGCAUUGAUAAAAAGUGAAGCAGAAGGUAAUGCACUGGCAAAUCAAAAAGAAGACAUGAAGAUUGUAGCAGAGUGCACCAGCAAAGCAGGAGGAAGGCAUGAAGAAUGA